AGCCAUUUCUUCUGCCACUCUGUGUUGUCCCAGCAGCCAGCCCCCGCCUCCCGUCUCAGGAAGCUCGGGUCUCCCUGGGAGCCGGGCUGCCCUUGGAGGAGGCCUCUGAGCUGCGUGCCCUGCAGCUCCACCAGCUCCAGGGGCUGCAGAAGAGGGGCUCUGCGCCCCCCGCCUGGCUCGCGCUAAGCUCGGCAGGAGGGAGCGUCUCGGCGGAGGAGUGAGGAGGACGGGAGGGAGAGGAGCGCCAGAGCCGCGGUCCCGGGCGCUCUGGUCGGCGGCGGAGGAACUGCAGCCACCAACAGGUGGGCUCCUUUCCCAAGGGCAGAGCAGCAGAACUGAAUGCACAUUCGGCCAGGGGCUAGGGAACACUGACCAACGCCUGCAGCAUGGACUUCGUUAUGAAGCAAGCCCUCGGAGGGGCCACCAAGGACAUGGGGAAGAUGCUGGGGGGAGAGGAGGAGAAGGACCCUGACGCUCAGAAGAAGGAGGAGGAGCGACAGGAGGCCCUGCGGCAACAGGAGGAGGAGCGCAAGGCCAAACACGCCCGCAUGGAGGCUGAGCGCGAGAAGGUCCGGCAGCAGAUCCGAGACAAGUAUGGGCUGAAGAAGAAAGAAGAGAAGGAAGCAGAGGAGAAGGCAGCCAUGGAACAGCCCUGCGAGGGAAGCCUGACCCGACCCAAAAAGGCCAUCCCUGCGGGCUGUGGGGAUGAGGAGGAGGAGGAAGAGGAGAGCAUCCUAGACACAGUGCUCAAAUACCUGCCGGGGCCGCUGCAGGACAUGUUCAAGAAGUAACGCGUCCGCCUGCCCCACCCACGUUACGACUUCUUCCCGACGUUGUUAGUCUUUCUUUUCUUUUUACUCAGUUAAGUCUCAGUUCCAAAGGGGAAAACCUCAGUUGGCCUCUGCCCCCUUUCCCUAGCCGGGGACCCCUCCCCUCUGCGCUCCUUUUCACUCCCUUCAUCCCAGGGUUUCUAGUCCUGUUUCACUCCCGCAUAGCUUGGAAAAAAAUUAAGAAGACAGCUUUAUUCCAGCCGGGAGCACUGAACCCAGAGCCAAAGGCGCUGGGCGCCCCUCCAGAAGCCCACGGUCCAUGUUAGUGCGGUAACCCCCACACAUUCCUUCAUGCUCCCCACUGCCAGGAGGACCACCGUCCCCAGCCAGCCAAAGUAAUGACACAUUCCAGCCCUGCCCAGCAUGCUGACCUUUGGCCUCUGAACCCCCAGUUGGGAGUCCAGGUCGGGGCAGAGGCACUGAGUGGCCUGGCUCCAGGAAGGCUGCUCAGAGCAAGCCUGUCCUGGACAGCACAGCCCUGAGCUGCUCUAGCUAGGUCUGGCCAGGUUAGAGCCUGGGCGGGAGGCUUGGGCCGUCCUCUUCCUUCUUCCUCGUGCCACUUACCAGGAGCACACCUCUCCCCAACCCGACCUAAAGAAGCAUGGCCCCUGCCAAGCUGCUCCCUCCAAAUGGAUCCUCUUUGGACUUAGCACAUCUGUGGAGGAGCCCAGGGCAGGGCAACCCCUUCUCCUCCCCCAUCUGACUUAGGUCCUGGGAGCCCACUGCCAGGCUAGGCCCCAGUUUGCCCGGCCAAGGGGCUGCCCGGGCCCCCAGAAAAUACUUGGAGCCAUCGGGCAGUGAUGGUCUGUGCCAUGGGACCCCACACUGGUACAGCCAGACUGCCCCCAUUCCUAUCCACCCUUCCACCCCUCCAUGUCCUGUCCAUGUGCUUCCAAGUCCCCAUUGUCCACAGGAGGACCCUUCUUGGCCAAAGCCCCAAGCAGUUGGGAGAAGCCAAUUCCCACCUCAUGAGACUGUCCAUUCAUCCCACUGGCCAAGACUGAGCUCUCCUCUGGGAUGUAUGGCGUCUGUCCUCACACCCUACAUUGUCAAGGCUUCCUGUUCUGUGACUUGUAUAGAAAUGGAGUAGGGACAGAGGGGGAGGUACAAAUGAAGGAUGAAUGUGUGAGCCCCCACACACCGGAUAACGCACGGCAGACCCAUCACACAGCAUGUCGGGUUAGGCUCCGUGUGUUGAGAUCGCAUGUGUGUGCUAGCCUUCACACCUCUGUUAGAGGUUGUCCAUACGAUGUACUCUUUGUAUCUGUGUUUGUGGGAUGUGGUCUAUGCCUGGAUUUCAGUUAAGUUCUCAGUGUGUGCUAGCCAUCUCAUGUGCUUGAAGAUUGCAUGUGUUAGCUUGUAUAUGCAUGUAUUUUCAAAAUGGCAUGUGUGUCAAGAGUGACAGUUACAUGUUAGAUGCAGAAUGUGUGUCUGAGAGAACUGUCAGAUGGGCUAAGAUGGUGUUCAUGUGUGUGGGUCUAAAGCAGGCAGUUGUGUGCGUAAGUAUGUGCUUGAACCAGAGAAAAUGCCUCCUCCCAACCCUGAGACCACUAGUCACAGAUGGCCACAUCUGACAGAGAUCUUACCCUUGGCCUAGAGUCCUCCCACCCUUGGGGGUUUCCUACCUGAGGUCCUCAGAAUGCUACUGGGACGGACCCAGGCAGUGCCCCAGGAAGCCAUGCUGGGCCCCACCAGGGCCUAUCCCAAAAGCAGGGGCCUAGGAGGGGGCGGCUUGCCCACCCCUGGAGCCCCUGUCACACUGGCCCCAGUUUGCAUUCUGCAGGUUUUUCAUUUUAGUGGACUUACGCUUUUAUUUCAGGAAAGACAUGUGUCUUCCCUGUCCGUUUCCAAUAGUUAAAGCCAUAUCAGUUAGACCGCAAUACUUUAAAGACGAGACUAAACAAUCUGUAUGUUUAGGGAACCAGAAAAGUCCCCUGGUCUGUCCCUUCUCUAAGGAGCAGGGCCUCGGCAGCUCCAGCUCCCGGGACUUACCCUUUCCCCCACCCCGACCCUCUUAGGCCCCUGUGUCAUCCCACGGGGGCCAUUGUUUGUGUCUAUGUCUGUGGUGGGGAGCCAUCUUGCACCCCUGUUGUCUGCUUGUUUCUGUUUUUUAUCCUGGGCAGGAUGGUCAUUCUCCAGAGCCUUGGGGUCUUGGGCCAGAGACAGGCAGGGACCAGUCCAGGGGCCCCAGGCCUCCCUAGACCCUGAGGGUGACCCCCAUUUGAAGACAGGGAUGGAUACCAGUGAAGAGAAAGGCCUAACCCUUGAUAGGGACCCUUAGACCUCAAAGGUGAUGGUGGAGCACAGAGCACCAGAUAGGUAGUGGAGACCAGGGAGCUGCAGAUAAGCAAGAGAACCCAGCCAUGUGAGAACUCACCGGGCCUGAGGGACUCCAGACCCUUCAACAGUGUCCUCGGUGGUUUCCAUGCUUCCUCUGGGUACCCAGAUGGGCGCAGGGCUUUUCAGCCCCACUCAGUGCCCUCUAGGCUGGGCUGGCUUAAUCUAGAUUUAAGCCUCCUUUCCAUGCCCAGGCAGCAGAUUUGAAGGUUUUUUGGAAGUGGUGGUUGGGGCAAGAGAAAUUCUACUUGGUACAUACCUGGUUCUACACACAUGGUACCCAGGGAAAUAUAAUGAUUGAUGUUUCUGACACAGCCCAGACUACAGGGAGAUAGUCUGGGUGACUCUUAAAGAUUGCCAUGUACAACACAUUCAUGGGAGGACAAAGCUUGGGCUCUUGAGCAGGGGAAAGGGUGUUCAUUCACCUGAGGUGUCUAAAGCAGGAGGUGUGUGUGUGGCCCACGGAAUGAGCAGAUGAACCUAUCAUAAACAAAUGCAGUGUCCAGGUGACUCGCUGAAAAGAGGCUACACAUACAGUGUUAGAUGGCUGGAGAAAGACACUGCUAACAUUUGCGCUCUUGGGAAAAGCCACCAGGCUCCUGCACCUGGAAACCACCAUCAGAGAGAAGAAAGGGUUUCACACAGGGUUUCCAAGUGCCUGUCCUCCAUUUCAGCCCCAAAGCACCAGAAAGUGAGUCCUUAGCAGUAAGGCUUCAUGGGUGCUUCCUUCAAUGGAAGUAAGAGGUCCGUAGGCCAUGCCAAGUAUAUGAGAGAAAGAGAGAGAGAGAGCAGGAACAAGAUAGAGUAUUUCAACUGUCAUGUAUGGGGUAGCUGGCGGGCAAACCAGCCAUCCUAAAGACCUGUGGCUAGAGGAAGGAUGGCAUAGGAUUCCCAGCUCCAUAAAUACCCAGCAUGCAGCCAGCAGGGUUGACCUCCUGCUUCCAUCUUUCUAAGGUUUAGCCAGCCCCUGUCUGCACUGGGAGGCUUAGGGAUCAGACUAGCUCCCAUGGGGACCAUCUCCCAGGUCUAAGGGUAUGCCUCCCAGCAAAUGUCCCCUGCUCUAGUCCCCAUUCCUGUUGCCCUACCCUUUUUACCAGGGAGAGAACAGAGGUGCUGCAGGACAGGGGUGGGGAGUCCUACUGAGACCCGGGUGAGACGGGCCAUCCUGCUCAUGUAGGGAACCUCUUUCCCAUAGUUGUGCUCUGUCCUUGUUGCUCUGCUUCCUUUAAAUGUGUCAGUAUCUGGGGGAGGGGAGGGCCACCCCCCGCACCCCCUUGAACCUGACCAAAAGCCAUGGCUGUGCUCCCCCCUUUGUAUGAUGCAAAUGCUAAGAUGUACAAAACCAACCAUGACAACAAAGAAAAAGACCUUGUACAGCA